GUUGGCGGUUACUCGGCGCUGCGCGAGCGGCUGCACCGACUCAUCACGUGGCCGGCCGAGCGGCCCGACGCGUACGCACGGCUCGGCAUCGCUCCUCCGGGCGGCGCGCUCCUACUCGGCCCGCCCGGCAACGGCAAGACGCUUCUCGCGCAUGCGGCGGCCACCGCAUCGGGGUGCACCGUGCUGAGCGCCAAGGGGCCGGCGCUCUUUGGGGAGUACGUGGGCGACACCGAGGCUGCCAUCCGAGAGCUCUUCCGGCAGGCGCGCGAGUGCGCGCCUUCGCUUGUCGUGAUCGACGAGAUCGACACGCUCGGCGCGCGGCGCGGCGGCGACGCGGGGGGCGGCGAGGGCGAGGGCGAGGGCGGUACGGCGGUGGCGCGGCGCGCGCUGUCGGCGCUGCUCAACGAGCUCGACGGCCUGAGCGGCCGUGCGGGUGUCUUCCUCCUCGGAUGCACGAGCCAGCCGGAGGCGCUCGACGCGGCGCUGCUCCGGCCGGGCCGC